GCUCGCUUCCGUUCGGAAAAGUUCGCCGAAGCUCAAACGAAGUUCCAGCAGCUACUGACCGACAAUUUAGGCCGCACGCUGGAAAGUUUGCCGGUCGCCGAAAUGCGUUUGGCUCAAAUUCAUGCCCAUCAAAACGAUUGGGACAAAGCGUACGAGAAAGCGGUUGCAAUUGGGGACAAAUACCCUGAUUUCGCCCACUCUCACGAGCUUGAUUAUCUCAUCGGACGUUGCUUGGCCCGCCAAGGUGAAUUUCAACAGGCCCGUGCCGCCUACACCAAAGUGGUGAAUUCAACGGUUGCCGGAAAGAGCGAAACGGCUGCAAUGGCUCAGUGGAUGAUCGGUGAGACGUUCUUCCAUCAGAAGAACUACGAUGCGGCGAUCCGAGCCUAUGCUCAAGUCGCGACUUCAUUCGAUCGUUUUCCAAAAUGGAAAGCCGCUUCCUUAUUGCAGAUCGGUAAGUGCCACGAAAUUCAAGAGAACUGGGAAAAGGCAAAUCAGUACUACACGGAAGUACGCACUGAUUUCGAGUCAACGCCUUUUGCUCCGGAGGCUUGCCUGCGAUCGCAUCGGCACAAGGGCCUGUCGAACCGGCACCGCUACCGCAAGGUCUUUCGGGAUGGCGGACUUCUGAUGUACCCCAUCGGGCUUUGCUCGAUCAUCUUGUUGGUUUUCGUUUUUGAACGUGCCAUCAGUUUGCGUCGCGGACGUGUGAUUCCUCGUCCGUUUGUGAAACGCUUCAUUGAACAAGUCAAAGAAGGUCGCAUCGAUCAAGAUCAAGCCCUUGCUUUGUGUGAAGAGAAUCAAAGCCCUGUCGCGGAAGUCUUUGCCGCGGCGGUCAAAAAAUGGGGUCGCAGUUGUGUGGAAGUCGAGCAGGCAAUUCUCGACGCCGGCGAACGAGCGACUUCGCGAUUGCGGCAAUACUUGCGACUGUUCAACGGCAUUAGCACCAUCAGUCCUCUGCUUGGUUUGCUGGGGACGGUGCUUGGGAUGAUCAGUGCUUUCAACGCAAUUGCUGCUAAUGGAGAAGCUGCCGGGCAGCGAGAAUUGUUGGCCAGCGGGAUUAGCCAGGCCUUGUUGACCACCGCGGCAGGUAUGACGGUCGCGCUGCCGGCGCUGAUUGCUUACCUAUUCUUUUCCGGACGG